AUGAUUGAGAAAACUGUUAUAAUUCCACCAGACCAGGCACAAUUUACAUGGAAGAUGGAUGACUUUACAUCAUCACCUGUUGUAAAGUCUUUUAUGGCUGGUGCCAUUAGUGGAACCUGCUCCACUUUGCUGUUUCAGCCACUAGACCUUGUGAAAACCAGGCUGCAGAAAUCAGCUAACUUAGGGAACAAGCUUGGGAUGUUUGAUGAAAUUGCUAAUGUUGUACGCCAAGAGAAAGUCCUGGGCUUGUGGACUGGUCUGGUUCCUUCACUUCUAAGAUGUGUGCCUGGUAUAGGUCUGUACUUUGCCAGUCUUCAUUGGUUGAAGUCUUCCUUUGGCACUGAAGCCCCACAUCCUGUAGAGUCAGUUGCCAUGGGCGCCUCAGCCAGAACAAUAACAGGGAUAACAGUUCUACCCUUUACUGUAUUAAAGACCCGAUAUGAGAGUGGAGAGUUCCAUUACAAAAGUCUAAUGGAUGGCAUCCGAUCAACUUAUGCUAAAGAAGGGUUUAAAGCUUUGUACAGUGGCCUUGCACCAACACUUCUGAGAGAUGUUCCAUUUUCUGGUAUUUAUCUCAUGUUUUACACACAGAUGAAGUCCCUCACUGCAGAGGGUAGAACACAUUCAGCAGUUCACAUCAGUUUUGUGAAUGGAAUUGUGGCUGGAUCACUGGCAUCAUUUGUCACUCAACCAGCGGAUGUCAUUAAGACUAACAUGCAACUUUACCCCACCAAGUAUGGCAGAUUGAAGACUGUCGUCAUGCUAGUCUACACAGAGCGAGGAUUUAUUGGUUUUUGGCGGGGCUUGGUCCCCCGUAUGCUGAGGCGCACUUUGAUGUCUGCAAUGUCAUGGACAGUCUAUGAAGAGAUCAUGAGAGCAUGCAAUAUCAAAACAUAG